GCCACAGUAGCUAACUGCUCCUCGAACCAUAAGGAGGCCCUCGCGCUUUUCUUUAUUUCACCCCAACAGGAUGGAGUCCAUAGGCGCGCGUGGUAUUUCUGUUUGAUCUUUCGGAAAGAAGAAAAUCGUGGUCGCACGAUAAAGAGAAAGAAUGGCGAACACGGCCCAUCUGGUCCGCCGGCAAAGCUCGCGCGACUUGAAGCCCCAAAAAAGUGUCGAUAAACUUGAAAUGAAGGAAAUGAGAGGACGAUUAGUGGUGGACAACAGAAAAGCAAACACCACUGCCAAUUACGGGGCCACGAACGCAGCCUUUGAGGACUCCAGUCCUAACACGAAGAACAAAACAACGGGGAAUGGGGGUGGCGGUAGUAAGCUCGGAAGCAAUGAAGGGAAAGCGAUUUUCCGACCAGAAGCGGGGGAGGAUGAAAGAGAAAAUUGGGAUAGUAAGCUUACUUUUCUAUUAGCAACCGUAGGGUACGCUGUAGGGCUUGGGAACGUAUGGAGAUUUCCAUAUCUCGCUCAAAAGAACGGCGGAGGUGCGUUUUUAAUCCCUUACUUUGUAAUGUUGGCUAUCGAGGGGAUCCCUAUAUUUUAUCUGGAACUGGCAAUUGGCCAGAGAUUACGAAAGGGCGCCAUCGGUGUAUGGAAUCAGGUUUCUCCGUAUAUGGCUGGCAUCGGUGUAAGCAGUGCUGUAGUGUCGUUCAACGUAGCUCUGUAUUACAAUACUAUUAUCGCUUGGUGCCUCUUUUACUUUGUUCAAAGUUUUCAAUCAAAGCUACCAUGGGCAGAGUGUCCCAACAUAUAUUUCCAAAACGGAUCGUACGCGCCUGAACCGGAGUGUGUGGUUAGCAGUCCCACGCAGUAUUUCUGGUAUCGAACGACAUUGAUGAUCUCCGAGGAUAUUAAUACUCCAGAAAUAUUCAAUUGGAAGAUUGCUCUUGCAUUAGUGAUCGCUUGGAUACUCGUCUACAUGUGUAUGAUCAAAGGAAUCGCGUCUUCAGGGAAGGUCGUGUACGUGACCGCCACGUUUCCAUAUAUCGUUUUGAUCAUUUUCUUUUUCCGUGGCGUCACUUUGACAGGGAUGUCCGAUGGCCUACGUCACCUUUUCACUCCAAAAUGGUGGAAAUUAACUGACCCAGUAGUUUGGCUGGAAGCGGGCACCCAGAUAUUCUUUUCCCUCGGCUUGGCAUUCGGCGGAUUAAUAGCGUUCUCCUCUUACAAUCCUGUGAACAACAACUGUUAUCGAGACGCUAUUAUGGUCAGUUUAACAAAUUGUUUCACUUCGAUGUUUGCCGGGAUUGUUGUGUUUUCUAUUAUUGGUUUCAAAGCCACCAUGGUUUACGAACAUUGUUUAGCGGAGAGAAACACCACGCUCAUCAAUAUUUUCGGCCAGAUAGAUAAAAUACCAGACGAAAUACCAGCAACCGGCACACUUUUAAACAUCACCACGGGAAACGGGACGCUGGAUAAUUUAAUCAUGCCAGAACUACCCGAAUGUGAUCUCGAAAAGGAAUUGGACAACUCAGCGUCGGGCACAGGUUUAGCGUUUAUCAUCUUCACAGAAGCGAUCAAUCAAUUUCCUGGCGCUCAGUUCUGGUCGGUGUUGUUCUUCCUUAUGUUAUUCACAUUGGGGAUCGACUCUCAGUUUGGUACCCUCGAGGGAGUCGUUACAAGUAUCGUAGACAUGAAAUUGUUUCCAAAUUUGCGCAAAGAGAUCCUCACAGGUGGCAUCUCCUUGGUUUGCUGCGCAAUUUCGAUGGCUUUCGCCCACGGUGCUGGUAGUUACGUGUUCGUGUUGUUCGACAAUUUCAGUGGAAAUUUCCCUCUGUUGAUUAUCGCCUUCUUCGAAUGCAUCGCAGUCUCAUACGUAUAUGGUUUGAAAAGAUUCGCCGAUGAUAUCGAACUGAUGACUGGCAACCGUCCAGGCCUUUACUGGCUAAUCUGUUGGAAAUACCUCAGCCCACUGGCUAUGCUGAGCAUUUUAAUUGCCUCGAUCGUGGAAAUCAUUGUCGAUGGAAGCGGUUAUCCGGCCUGGGUUGCCAGCAAAGGUAUUACGGAGAAACACGAGUGGCCAGUUUGGGCCUUGGUUCUCAUCGGCAUUCUCAUUCUCGCCUCUGUUCUUUGGAUUCCCACGAUUGCCAUCUGCAGACUUUUCGGGAUACUGAUAAUCGAGGACAACGAGAAAGCGUGGUUCCCCGCGGCUGAUCUGAAGGAAUUCCACGGAAUUAUGCCACACGAAGUAACACCUGCUGAAACAUUGUUAUUCUGUAUAAGAAGCGAUGGCUCGGAGGGCCUUUGUUGCCCGACCGGUGGCCCCAGCGAUGACGACGAGGAUCUCACCUAGGAACGGUUAUCUUCGUGCAUGUUGGAUUAACAUGCGUUUAAAUGGUUCAUAGACCGAGAGACAGCAUUUUUUAACUUCGCAUCAAUGUCUGGAUCAUUGGAAAUUAAUUUAGGGAUAACUAGACGUCACGAUUGUCAUUCUUUGUUACAAUUUCAAUUCGGCACUUGACAUUCUUUUGAUUCACUUUAGAGAAUAUUUAGAGAGGGGUAAACAUCGUGUCAAUUACUCUGAAAAUGAUGUUUGUAUCACUCGAUUUGUAUUUACAUUGCGGUGUUGCGACGAUAUUCUUUUAGAAGCGAUAUUCUAGAACACACGUUCGAGUAAGGCAGUAAAAUUCGAUGGUAAAAUUCGAUUUGUCAUGGCGAUCCGUUGAAGCAAUUGCAAUUUCAUUUUUAGACGUGUCUCUCUGCUGUUUCUCGAGCCUCUGGAUCAUUUAGCGGUAAAUGCGAAUGUCAAUAAAUUGGGAAGGUAAGAUGGAAGCGUUUAAUGACGUUUUCAGCAAGUAAUUCCCAAUCAAAUGUGAGGGAAAACGGAUAUCAGGCGGACAAGUAUAUAAAUAAGAAACUGUAAGUUUUACCUUUAACACAAAAACUUUUACAGUUUCUUUGCUUACGUAGAUAUACGAUACAUUCGAAAUGCAUUAAUCUCGAUUAAUUUAACUAAAGUUUACGAAAGAAAAGAAUUUUCCUUUGCACGCAUAUUAUGGCAAUAUGAGACAUUGAAAUAUACAAAAAAAAAAAAAAGAAAGAAAAAACAGAUUAGAAGAAGAAAUGGAGACAGGAGAAAAGGAAAUCAUUUGGAACUAAAUAUAACAAAAUUUCUAAAUCGUCCUUUGCAAACCGGUUACGCAUAAUUAUUUAAAAUGAUGAAAUUUUGUAACAUAAAUUAGAAAUACAUUUAUACAAGAUGUAUCGUAUAUCCGAAGACUACUUAGCACAUAACGCGUCAUUUUAGCAUUUACAAUAUACAUUCUUAAAAGGCAAGUUAAAAUCCUGCGACAGAUUUGCAGAUCAUAAUACUAAUGAUUAGGAUAAUAUUAAAAUUAGAUUCGUGAGAACUUUUACCGCUUAGCAAAUUGCAAAUAACGUGAGACCUAAGAUUAGCGUAGGAACCGUCCAAUGGGCGUGAAAAAAAAGG